AUGGUAAAGCUAAGUGGGUCGCUAAUUCUUCUACUCCUCUAUGGCGUUUUUUGCUGCAACAGAGACGAUGCUACAUGUGGAGAUAUAGCCGGUCAAAGUAAUGAAGCAAAACGUGAAAACUCCAAUGUUAACUCAGCAUUAUCAGCUCAGCGCAUGGAUAUUAACGUCAAGACAGAACCUUUAAAUUUCACGAAUUCGCCAGUUGGGGGAACGAUCUUGGACAUUUCUCAAUCUACGAAGCAAAAUGUUCUCCCGGAAGAAUUCUCUACUGACAAAACAAAAAACUCAUUUUCCAGAGUUAAUGACGAAUUUGUCAUUUCAAAGAUAACGGAUAGAGAAAAUGAGGUCUGGAAAGGUCCUCUAGAAGCUGCAUGCAAAGCUGUAAGCGCCUUCACCAACAACACUUACCUGUUACUCACAACCUUACUCGUUGAUUUAUGCGGAGGUAAUAACCGUGAACGCGAAAGAGACGGUUACAUUUCUUCUGGAAAACUUUGUGGAUACAAACUGGAUAUUGAACACCCUAACCUUGCGUUUGUAUCCACAACGGAAAGGGGCACUAGAGAAUUCAUUCGGAUGAGAUACAUCGCAAAUCCAGGAGUGAAGAUUACAGCUGUCCUUGCUGGUGACUUUUUAUUCUGGGAAAGUGAUGGAAAUCAGUCACUAGAACUCUGCAAUGAGAGGACUAUGGUCAAUCAGAGUCUUUUGCAUCUACGCACUUACGAUCUUGGCUCUGCCACAAACUUGUUUUAUGAAAAGUUUGACGGCUCAUGGACCAUAAUUACAGAGAAAGAACAUAGUGUAAAGCUCGAUGAGAUGAAGAAGAAGGCGAAGUUACAGAAAUCUGGCCCAUAUUCAAAAGUCUGUGCAAGGGCUCCAUGCGAAAACAUUUCAACUCCCAACUUGGAAGGUUAA